UCUGGCUCAGAUACUUCGAAUCCAAGAGUCGGAUGAUUGCCGAUCAAAUAAAUCAUGCUCGCGAAGUAAAUCCAAAGGUGAGACGCUUCCCCUUCUCCUCGCCGAUGGAGUCGCUUGCCUCGCAAGCGAGGCCGGCGGCGGUGCUCUGGCUCGCCGGCUUCUUCCAGGCCGCGCGCCUCCACCGCGUUGUCUCCUUCUGCGCCAGCUCGAGGGCACUAUCCAUCAGGAUUGCACAGUGCUUCCUGCUGAACGGGCUUAUCUUCCUUGGGAGCUUGCUUACACUUACAUCGGUGGUCAUUCCAACUCUACUGUGGAUACUACCUGAGCGAUGCAAUCAAACAGCAGGACAUCUUUGUGAACACAGGGCAGCCGUAUCUAUCUAUUCAUUCUUGCGCUCCGGCCUUGUUGAGAUUUUUUAUGUAUUUUGGUUUUAUCCACUUUAUGUCUUCAGCUUCAUAUUAAGUACGAUUUGGUAUAAUGACAUUGCCAAGCAUGCAUUGGAUGUUGUGAAAAGUAAGAGCCUAGUUUUGACUCAAUCACUGGAUGCUCACAACAUAACUGAAACAAAAGAGCAGCCUGAAGGAUUUGACAGGGUUGCACUUGGUAUUGGGGAACAAGUCUAUUCAAUUCUUCUUUUAACCAUUUUCUUUGUUGAGGUUUCAGUGAUUGGUUACAUACCUUACUUUGGCAAGGCAAUGAACUUCCUGCUCCUGUCAUUGAUGUAUGCCUACUACUGCUUUGAGUACAAGUGGAACUUCUUUGCAGUGAGUCUGCAUGAGAGGCUUGAUUUCUUUGAAUCAAACUGGGCGUUCUUUGCUGGAUUUGGUGCUCCAUGCGUCCUUCCAAUUUUCUUCUUCUCUCCUCUUAUAAGCUAUGGGUUUCUGGCUAUACUUUAUCCGUUGUUUGUCUUGACUGCCGCAGGCACUCAAGCUGAGCAAGUAAUUGAUGCACUGAAACCUGCACACGAAGGGAAACUACAAAGAAUACCUGUGUUCUUUGUCGCAAAGCGACUGACGACAAAAGUACUGCAACUGUUUCCGGUGGCACAGAAAGAACAAUGAAGGAUCCACAGAAACAAACCAAGGAGGGAAGGCCGCUGUGUGUGUUGGGUGUGCUGCUAAUCACAAUGCCCCGCUCGAACGAACGUUGCAUCCGUAAGGUGCGCACGCCCUCUCCGCUCUCCGUAACGUGGAAGGGAGGGGCUUGCCGCCUUCACGCUGUAAAUAUCCUGUAACAAGCAUUUCUGUCGAAUGGGAACUUUGAAAAUAUAGAGAAUUGCACUUUGUUAUUUAGCAAGUGUUGAUCAUUCAAGAUUAGGCCGGCGAGUCGGCGGCACCAACCAGUAAUGAUUGGUUCCUUGGUUUCAUCUUGGCCAUGACAGAACAGUAGUGCUCUCUCUCUCUUUUCUUUUUGCUGAAUGUAUAACUCAAGCCGCCCUUGAGAUUAAUUAUUAUUGAGAGGCUGCUAGCUUUCGUAAGAUGCUGGACAGGCUCCAUAGUUUCAUGUA